AUGUCUCCACCCACUUCUACCACCUUGCUGACUUCCCCCAAUGCCACUAGGACCCUCACCCUGAGUGAUCUUGGACCCUCCCUACGAAGCAAAUAUGAAGCUUACAAGGCUUCUCGAGAAGAUGAGAGGGAGGUGAUCCCUGCCGAUGAGCUUUAUGAGCAAAUUUGUGGAGAGGGAAGGAAAGAAUUGAUACAAAGUCAUAGACUUUGGGCGAACCCUCACCCACCAAUGGAUCCUACUAUAUGCACUGUGAUUCCAAGUGAGGAUUAUGACCCUUAUCAGUUUCAACACCAUUACACCAGCUCUCUUGUCAGAGAACAGAAUUACCAGCGUGUGACAGAGGGUACAGCCGAUCAAGAAAUUGGCCAUCACAUGGGGGAUCAAUCGGUUCUUCUCGAAGGAGAUCCAAAUGCAAAAAGACUUUCGGAGGUUGAAGCUACUGAGAAACUCUUUCAAUACUUCGGCACUUUUCCCGACGCUUCAGAAGAAACAGAUGGUAUUGGUUUCAAGGAGAGGUUCGUCAGGAUGAGAAAAGAUGUUGCCCAGGACAUCAAAUUUCGACAACAACAUGGAGUCAGAACGGAAGUUCACCCAGCUUCCUUUCUCCUUUCGGAAAUAGAUAUGGUCUUCACUCCUCAUAUAAUCCUUCCAGAAAACCACAGCUGCAUCUCAAGAGAGAAGGAACUUAUCUGGUUUAGCAAGGUAUCUCAUCAUGCGAUCCCCUACCUCAAUCACUUUCUUAAAAACAGUGCCACCCUCUCAGAUUAUGAAAUCUCGAAGCGUGGCUCCGAUAUAACCUCUUUUUGUGAUCAUGUAAACAAGGAACUUCUCCUGGCAAUUCAGAAAACCGGUCGAGGUAUUAGUGAAGAGAAAUUUUCAUUAACAACUCCCAUGGAUGAAGUAACCGAUCUCGAGACUACCAGGUCUUCUAAUGUCUCUCCACCUUUUCUCAGAUUAGAGCCCGAAGAGCCACUUCCCCAUACCCAAAAGGCACAUUCCUUCGAUAUUCGUUCCGACAGGAAAGACAAGGCUCGGGUCCGAGUUAAUUUGUACUGGCGGGAUCUGCCACAUGCACCGGACACUGGGUCUACUGAGACUACCACCUGA